AUGGCUCCUAAGAGGAAAGCUGCUGCCACUGCCAAUACUCGAGGUGCAGGAAGAAACAAGAAAUCUAAGAUAAAAGAAGAGAUCAAGGAGGAAGUUACAGAGGAGGCAAUCCAGGCCCCAGACCGCUUCCAGAGUACCAUACAAGCACUGAAAUCAUCAUCUGGCAAGAAAGGAAAGGCCAAAGUGGACGCUGCUUGCCCUCUGAACCGGAGUGGUAAUUGUGAGGUGGGUAUUAAAUGGGCACAUGUAUAUUAUUAGCCCUGACAGCCACUUCUGUCUAUUAGUGAACUCCUACAAUACACAGGUACAGUACGCCUGUCUAAAAAAUAUAAUCUAGUGUCAUAUAGGGCAGUGGUGAUUCAUGCUGGCAUCUCAGGUGUUGGAAACUGCAUUUCCCAUGACUACAGACUGGCCAUGCAUCAUGGGAAAUGUCAUUUAUCUGAGGGGUCUCUGUCAGCCAUCAUCCUUAUAGAAUCUUUCCUCCUUGCAUUAUGUGAGCCAGAUUGUUUUCAAAUUUGUAGUUAACAGUCUAACUGAUAUUUUAGGCAAGGGUGAACAAAACAUUCUCUAGAGCGGCAAAACGACAGCACAAAUUAUGUUUUCAAUUCAUAUUCAUUUUCACAUCAUUCUAUACCUUUUCUCUCCAUCCUUCCCUCAUACAUUCCAAAGUCUUAGGUAUGUUUAUGGAAUGUGUAUUGAAAUUCUCUGUUCCAUAUUUUUGUUUUUAACCAUGAAAUAUUUAAGCCAAAAAUGUCUUCCAGCAAGAAUAUGUAUUUUCUAGUUUUCCUGCUUCAACAAUAGAUUCUAUUGUAUUUGAUUACAUUGCAAGACCAGAGUGAGACAGUGCUGGGUUUAUUACUAAUUAAAAGGGUAACAGAGCUCCUGUACUCAGAAUGAAUACCUCCGUCAGAUCAGCUUCCUUGCUGCUACCAAGGGACCCUUGAGUACUCCACACCCUGUUGCUGAAGAUAAACUAGGAUUUCUGUGGAUCUUUUCCGCUGUAAGGCCUACCGCUGUAAGGACUCUCUCCUGUCUAGCAGUGAUCAUAGCCCUUUUCCCCCCUCACGUUAGCUGAGACUUAAUGUGAGGGGUAAAAUGAGCACACGUUAUUGAACACACAAUGCAUACAUUUAUACUCACCAGAUGUGGAUUGACCUGUGGGCCACUCUGUCUGGGAAGAUAGUGGUUAAUUUGAUCAGUCAAUAUAAUCAGUCUAGAGAUAAUCAUAUUUCCCCAAUGCUGUCUACUCUCCAGGACCAGGCAAUCUGUGCAUUCCCACAAACCAUACAUCCCUGUGCAGCUCCCCCCCCCUUCCCAGCUACCACUAUCCAAGUCCAAGUGACAGUACUUUAAAGUUCCACCGAGUCGCGGCCAUCCUCCUAUCAGGGUCCAUACUCUGUGGGGUGGAGGCUGGCAUGCAAGCCCUUCCAUUAGCCAGGGACACAGGGGCUUCCGUCACAAAAAACCUUGAGGACCAAACGCUACACUUCACAGUAAUCAUAAUAUUGUACAAAAAGACUGUAUGUAUAUAUGUGUAUGUCCUGCAUGGUAUACUGUACUUAUGGCAGCUCUGUACAACCUUACAGAUGUCGAAUGGGAGGGUGAUUCCAUUUUGUAAGUGCAAGCUUUAUUGACAUUGUGCUGCGAUCAGUAAGCGCACAAAGCAUUCGGAACAGGACAAGCAGGUUCUUUUAAAAACAACUCAAGUAUAGAAUACAUAUCUGGACAACAGAAUAUGAAAUCAUGUACAGCACAACCGACAAUAUCUGAACAGAGACAUUAUAUAGCUGGAUAUGGAUGGGGUUGCCCAGCUUGUUAAAAAAAAGAAAAAUUAGCUUAUUAGUACAGGCAAACUUAUUUUCAACGCACUGUUUAGAGAAUAAACAAGUGGUCGGUAUCCAAUGCAUUCUAACUUCUAACAUUCCAACUGAUCAACAGUUUUUAGAAGAGGCAGCAACUGCUGUUUAUUAUCAUUAUUGUUCCUUAUCUUCUUGAUCUAUGGAUCUUCUGACUGCAGGUCAAAGUUAGGUUUUAUGGAUUUUGUAGUACUAGUUUUACAAAUGUGAUUAUCAUUAUUAUUAUAAUUUUAUUAUUUAUAUAGCGCCAGCAAAUUCCAUAGCACUGUACAAUGGAAUUAUAAAUCUUUUUAUUUUAUUUCAACAGGUAUAUGAAGAUUUUGACUGCAUGCUAAACCAGACUAAUAUUGGAAAUAACAACAACAAGUUUUACAUUAUCCAACUAGUAACUUCUUCUGGUUCAUAUUAUGGCUGGAAUCGAUGGGGUCGAGUG